UGCGCGUGUCCGUGCAGCCUCCUUGUUGACCGGAGACAAACCAGAAGCAGGUAUUUGGUACACGGGGAGGGGCGCGCGCAGACGGACUCUGCGCUCUUCCGUGUGCGGCGCGCAAAGAGGAAGCUGCGCGUUCCUCCUCCCGCAGCUGCGUUCGAGCUGCCGCUGGACCAGCGGGAACAGCUUUGAACCGGUUUUUUUUGGUCGCCGGCUACAAAGCGCCACGAAACGGACGCAUAGUGCGCAUUGUUGAAGCGCAGCGGCGCCUCGGCACACCGGCGCGACGCACUCCAGCUCCGCAGCAUCCGCGCGCGGGGGCUCUCUUCAUAUUUGUCAUUUUAAUUGAUUAUGUAAGAAGGGUAAAUUAUUAUUUUUUUUGUUCAAAAAGAGAUAGCAUCCUACAUGGAACGUUCCCGUGGAGCGCGUCGCUCCGCAGGGUCCCGCCGCUGUGUUUAUAGAUGCUGAGGAAGCCGUUGUCUCGGUCGAAGCGGUAGCAGUUCCCCGAGGGCGGCAGUGAGCAUCAAGCACCAUGGCUCCACCUGCCGGAGUGCUGGACGGAGGCUGGGGAUGGGUGAUCGUGGCGGCCUCCUUCACGGCACAGCUCCUGGCCUAUGGAUCACCCCAGUCGGUGGGCGUCCUGUACCCGGAGUGGCUGCACGCCUUCCAGGAGAGCAAAGGCAUGACGGCCUGGGUGGGCUCCCUCGUCGCUGGAGUGGGACUGAUAGCCAGUCCUAUCUGCAGUGCCUGUGUGGACAACUUCGGGGCUCGCCCCGUGACCAUCUUCAGCGGCGUGAUGGUGGCGGGCGGCCUGAUGCUCAGUGCCUUCGCUCCCAAUGUCCAGUUCCUCAUCUUCUCUUAUGGGAUCGUGGUUGGGCUGGGUUGUGGCCUGGUCUAUGCAGCCACGUUGACAAUCACCUGUCAAUAUUUUGACAAGAGACGUGGCCUUGCCCUCGGCAUUGUCACCACAGGCACGAGUGUUGGAGCGUUCAUCUACGCCUCCGCUCAGAACGAGCUGAUCGUGCUGUUUGGCCUGGGCGGCUGCCUGCUCAUGAUCGGCGCCGUGGCUCUGAACAUCAUGGCCUGCGCGGGCUUCAUGAGGCCCCUCAACAUGCCGGGGUACUACCUCAGACAGAAGGCCGCCCUGGAACGCAACGCGGAGGGGCAGCUUUUCGAGAAGCCCCCGUCGGACGACCUGAAGAUCGCGGCGGGUUCCACCUCCCCGACCGCAGAGAAAUCGCUGACGGUGAAAGAGUCCCUCAUCGCCAUUGAUGCCAAAGACUUGCCCGUCCAGACGGAGAAGAAGAAAGGCAGCCUCCUGGCCGGCUUGACCAUCAUGAGAGUCAUCAAGAAGAAGCAGCAGGCUUACUGCAAGUACAUGCACUGCAUGUACGAGAUCCUGCAGGACCAAUCCAUGGUGGCCUUCUGCAUCGGCAUCUUCCUUUUCAGCCUGGGGGCGUUCCCCCCGGUGCUCUUCAUAGAGGACGUGGCGCAGAGCGGAGGCCUGGUUGAAGAAGUCAGCGUCAUUCCCCUGGUAUCGAUAGGGGCCAUUGCCACUUGUGUGGGUAAACUAGCGCUGGGCGUGCUGGUGGACAUCAGGUGGAUUAACGGCAUCCAUCUGUAUGCCUUCACGAUGUUUGCCGGGGGUGUGGCGCUGCUCCUCAUCCCGACCACUAAAACGUAUCUGGGACUGCAGAUCCUGGCCGCUGUCCUGGGUUUCUUCUCCGGAAACUGGUCGCUCACCUCCUACAUCACCACCACCAUUGUCGGUUUGGACAAACUGACACAAGCCCACGGUAUCCUCAUGUUCUUCGGUGGAUUUGGGAUCAUGCUCGGACCCCCUGUUGUUGGGUGGUUCUUUGACUGGACACAGUCGUAUGACUUGGCUUUCUACUUCAGCGGGGGCUGUGUGGAGCUAGGAGCUGUCAUUCUCUUCCUGCUCAACCUCCCCUGCUGCAACAGGAAGCACACGAAGAACGACAGACCAGACGUCCGUUACGUAAGCAACUGUGAUAAAGUUGCCUCCGUAGCCUGAAUAUAAGCACCUUUUGGAAGGACACAUUUUUCCUCGACUGCCAAGAAACCGUCCUCUGAUAAACCACACGCAGAAACCUUCUGGGAGGAAUUUUCUGUCUUUGACUUUACGGAAUAUUCCUCCUUUCUUCUGCGGCCAGGUUCUGACAUACCAAAAUACUUGCCAGAUGUUUUUUGAAAUACAGGCCUUCACUCUGUUCUUUGCCUGCGUUUCUCAGGUUCAAGCCACAUACUGCAGAGGUUUUUAAAGAUUUGGCCCCCCGACGCCUGAGUUUUUUAUUAUAGCCUCAUUUUACGAGGUCAACUGAACAAUUUUGUUCAACUCCCAAAUUCUACAUUGUGUUUAAGCGCACAGGUUUUCAUUUUACUGUAGCUUUGGAAAUAAAAGACAUGGUUCUGUUCAUGAUACCUGGGAGAGAAACACAAAGAGUUAAAUUAACAUAAUAAAACCCCAGGAAUUUUACCAGAACCGAGAAUACAGGGAGUGAAAUGAGGGAGGGAGCCCUUUUUGAUACAUUUUAUUAUAGCAACAAAUUCCAUGGUAUUUUGAUUUUAAUGUAUAUCUUAAAUAUGCAGUCAUGUACCUUUCAAAAGUAUAAAUGCUAAAGCCUGUCAACCCAUAAUGCCUGUUGGAACAAUACAUACGCCUUGCUUUAUAGAUCAUUUUGUGUUCCACAAACCUCCUGUUUCUAUAUCAGACAGACACUUUUCAAUACGUUUUGCUGUUUCAAAAACACUGAAGAGUUACUUCCUACUGUAUUUUGAACCUUAACAGCAUGUUGAUUCUCUUGGUGGCAUGAUUAUUACCACAUCAGCUGUCACUUGUUUUGAACCAGGCUGUUCCUUUUCCAUCAUGGUGUGUGGUCAAUGUAUGUUUACGUUGUAUGUGUGUAUGUUUCUGCACACAUGUUCGCAUAUGGGAACAAGUCUGUGUGUGUCUAUUGUUUGAUGAACUUUUAUGUUAGCACUAGUUUGUAAAGUUCUAUGUGCUAGUGAUUUUUUAUACGCACAAACCCAGCCAUAGCGCUGUAAAAACUGUUUUUGUUUGAGUUCUAAGUUGAUCAUUGUGAUCAUAAUUGUAAUGGAUCCAUUGCAAUAGGCUUUUAGAACCACUUGAAUGUUGUUAAAAUCACCACUACAAAUUUAUUUUUGUAUGUUCCAGUUUCAGGCGUAAGCAAAUCCGGGACAAUAGCUUUUUCUUAUUGUAUUUGUAGAGGGUAUUUACAAGAUGCAUAUGAGGGUGUAAUUAGUAAAAGAGUAAAAGAGACCUGUGGCUGUCCCCUUUUAGCCACUCUUAUUUUGUAUGCCAGUAUUACAAUAUUUAUGUAUGUUUUUGUUUUUAUUAUA